AAGUCCGAACUUCCUGCCAAGGAAUCUAAACCUCGUCGAGGAAGACAAUCGAAUGCAAAUGACUAGGAAUGCUACCCCCAGAAGAAAAUGAGCGGAGGAGGCCUCGUCGAUUUAAAUCCUAAAGCCGUUGCCAUUCGCAGGCCAUCACUUCAUUCUAUUAUCGGGCCUGUCCUUUGUUCCCAGGAAUUAUGGAUCUGAAAGAAGGGAUUUUCUUAAUCGUUCUGCUAAUCGGCUCGAAAUCUGCUUAUGCAAGUACAGAUCUAACGGGUGAAAAUCCAAUAACUGAAGGAAAGGGUGGAGAGCCUGAACAGUUGUGCACUGUGUGUGAAGUUUUUACUGCUCGAGCUACCACUUUUCUGAAUGAAAACAAAACUAGAUCUGAGAUACUUGAUACUUUGCAUCAUGCAUGUUCCGAAUUGCGUUCACUGGAGUUGAAGUGUCUCAUAUUGGUGGAUUACUAUUCAACUCUUUUCUUUACUUCGAUUGGUAAAAUCCGUCCAGAGGAAUUCUGUGGAAGGGUGGGCCUUUGUGAGGCAUCAUCUGUUUCUAUGGCGAAGAAUGAUGAAAAAUGCGCACUUUGUCAUCGGGUUGUUGUUGGAAUGCUACUUAAAAUAAAAAAUCCUGAUGCACAGUUGGAGAUAUUGCAGAUGCUUUUCAAGAAAUGUGACAAAAUGAAGAACUAUGCUCAUGAGUGCAAGUGGCUGGUUAUGCAUUACGGCCCUUACAUACUGACCAAAGGCGAGAAGUUCCUUGAGACUAAUGAUGUUUGUGCUUCCAUUCACGCCUGCAGUUCCAAGCAAGCUGAAUCAACCAUUGGAGGAGCUGCUCUGCCAGGUUCAUCCAUCCAUGAUACUUGAAAUUUUUAUUUCAAAAACCCUGCGCUUAUAUAAUUGUAUUGUUAAAGGGAAUGUGGAUAUAUAUAUUUAUUCUGAAUAAUAUUUAAUAUGUAAAUUGUGUAGUUAUCAUUUAGACGGAGUUGGUGUGUUUGAAAUAGUGUUAUAGAAACUUUUCCAAUCCAUCAGUUUAGUACGAAUUGUUUGUGCUGCUUCAUGUAAAUUUCAUGAAUAAUGUGCUAUGCUAUGUAUGUUUGAUGUGAAUAAAAUAUUUCACCUUAAAUGGC